CGCUCGCUGCUCGGCCGACACCGCACCGCCACCCCGCAGUCCCGCGCAGCCAGCGCACGGCACACGCAACAGAUGGCGCCGGAACGGUGCGCGCAGUGCGGCAGCGAGGCGAGCCAGCGCUGCGGGGGCUGCCAGCAGGUGUUCUACUGCUGCAGGGACCACCAGCGGGCGCACUGGAGCGCACACCGGCCGCUCUGCAGACCCUUCAAGGUGGCCCAGGACGCGGUGGUGGGGCGCUACCUGUGCGCGUCGCGCGACAUCGCGGCGGGCGAGCUGGUGCUGCGCGAGGCGCCGCUGGUGUGGGGCCCCUCGCAGGCGACGCCGGCCGUCUGCCUGGGCUGCUACGCCGUGCUGGAGGCGGCCUCGUGCGUGCGCUGCGCCCGCUGCGGCUGGCCCAUGUGCUCGCAGCACUGCGCCAACUCCCUGGACCACCGGCCCGAGUGCGACAUCACCGCCGACGUCCGCGGCGCCAAGGUGAGCAUCAGCAGCUUCGGGCAGGAGCACCCCACCUACCAGUGCGUGACGGCGCUGCGCGCGCUGCGCCUGCGCUCUGCAGACCCGGCGCGCUGGCAGAAGCUGUGGGCUCUCGAGUCGCACUGCGCGCACCGCCGCGGCACGCCCCGGUACGAGGCCGACCGCGUGGCCGUCGCGCAGUUCGUCCGCCGCUUCUUCAAGAUGACCGACUUCUCCGAGGAGGACAUCCUGCGCGUCUGCGGCAUCCUGCAGGUGAACGGGCACGAGGUGCCGCUGACGGAGCCGAGCUACGUGUCGGUGUACGAGUGGGCGUCGCUGCUGGAGCACAGCUGCCGCGCCAACUGCUCCAAGAGCUUCAGCGAGGCGGGCGAGCUGCUGCUGCGGGCGGCGGCGCCCAUCGCGCGCGGCCAGCGGCUCACCAUCUGCUACUCGGACUCGCUGUGGGGCACCGCCAGCCGCAGGCAGCACCUGCGAGAGACCAAGUUCUUCUGGUGCCGCUGCGCGCGCUGCACCGACCCCACCGAGAUGGGCACCUUCUUCAGCGCGCUCCGCUGUCCCCAGCCGGGCUGCGGGGGCGUGUGCGUGCCGGCGGAGGAGAGCCUGCAGCAGGAGCCGGAGGACGAGCAGGAGGAGCCGCCCUGGUGGUGCCGCUCCUGCCAGCAGCCCAUGGCCGCCGCGCAGGUGCUGCAGCAGCUGGAGGCGGCGGGCGCGGAGCUGUCGGCGCUGCCGCGGGGCGACGCGGAGCGCUGCUGGCAGUUCGUGCGGCGCCACGAGGCGGCGGCGCGCCUCGCCGACGACCACUUCUACCUGACGGAGGCGCGCCUCGCGCUGGCCCAGCUGCUGGGGCAGGGGCCCGCCGGCGUCGCCGCGCUGCCCGAGGACCACCUGCGCGCCAAGGAGGCUCUGUGUCGCAGGCUGCUGCGGCUCGUCACCGUGCUCUGCCCUGCGGAGAACCGGGUGCGCGGCGUGCUGCUGUGCGAGCUGCAGGCGGCGAUCGCCGAGGCGGCGAGGCGCAGCGCGGCCGCCGGAGGUCUGGACGCCGCCGCCUUCCGCCAGAGUCUCAAGGAGUCCCGCGAGCUGCUGGUGGAGGCGCUGGACCUACUGCGCUACGAGCCGGAGGUGCUGCCAGAGGGCAAGAUCGCCGAGCACGCCAGGGAGGCCCUGCGAGACGUGGACAUCGCCACGCAGCGCCUCCACUGCACGCUGGCCGGUGGCCUCAUCUGAGGGCGCGUCCACGCACACCACGCCGGCGCCAGAGCUGCACCACUCUACCAGCCUGCUCCCAACCCACUGACCCUCCUCAGCCCGAUACUUUGGUUCAGUUUAGACACGUGGCGGCGGUGCUCACAUGCCAUCACACUCUUCACCAGCUACGGUGCUUUCGCUUGAGACCCACGCUGUGGGAAGCAACCUGACCCGCGAGCAGUCACGUCACAGAUCAGUUGCAUCGUUAUUAAGUAGCACAUUUGUUGCCUGGAGGAAAUGCCUCGUGAGCUGCGUCCUAAAAUCCUCAUCGGUAGGUAUGCUAGUCGCCAUCCUAUAGUCUGAUUUUCCGUGUCACGAUUUAUCUGAAGUUGUGGACUUGUAGACGUAAUCAAAUACAAACGUACAGGACAACUUAGGCCAGGACACAUAUCUUUACAGUUUCCUACGACGCUGUAUAAUGUUAGAAUUAUAAGUAAGGGUUGUUGUUGUUGUUGCGGUCUUCAGUCCUGAGACUGGUUUGUGCAGCUCCACAUGCUACUCUAUCCUGUGCAAGCUGCUUCAUCUCCCAGUACGUACUGCAGCCUACAUCCUUCUGAAUCUGCUUAAUGUAUUCAUCUCUUGGUCUCCGAUUUUCACCCUCCACGCUGCCCUCCAGUACUUAAUUGGUGACCCCUUGGUGCCUCAGAACAUUUCCUACCAACCGAUCCCUUCUUCUUUGAAGCUGUGCCACAAACUCCUCUUCUCCCCAGUUCUAUUCAAUACCUCCUUAUUAGUGUGAUCUACCCAUCCAAUCUUAAGCAUUCUUCUGUAGCACCUCAUUUCGAAAGCUUCUAUUCUCUUCUUGUCCAAACUAUUUAUCGUCCAUGUUUCACUUCCAUACAUGCCUGCAUUCCAUGCAAAUACUCUCAGAAACGACUUCCUGACGCUUAAAUCUAUACUCGAUGUUAACAAAUUUCUCUUCUUCCAAAACGCUUUCCUUGCCAUUGCCAGUCUACAUUUUAAAUCAUCUCUACUUCGACCAUCAUCAGUUAUUUUGCUCCCCAAAUAGCAGAACUCCUUUACUACUUUAAGUGUCUCAUUUCCUAAUCUAAUUCCCUCAGCAUCACCCGAUUUAAUUCGCCUACAUUCCAUUAUCCUCGUUUUGCUUUUGUUGAUGUUCAUAAGUAAGGGUUACGCUUUGACAACUGGAAAUCUGUGCCAGAGUGUAACGUGAAUCCGGAUUUCUUCCUUUUCGCGAGCUGUCGCCUUGAGCAUUAUCUUGCCUGUGCCAGCCAGCAGGUCUCACAUAAACUUCACUUGUCAGCGAUGGGUCAGCUUAUGAUUCCGAACACUGCUUGUAGAUGAGGUUCCUCCAAUGCAAAGGUUUAAUACCACCAGUCCAUUCCCAACGGAUUUAGUGGACAUCCAUUGAUAAAGCUGUCACAAGGAAUGUACACUGCCUUACAAAAAGAGUGAAGCAGCCAGAAAAGGUAGAGGAAACGAAAUGAAACUUCAUGGAGUUAGAGGAUAUGUAUCACUAUUUCAAAUGGUUCAAAUGGCUCUGAGCACUAUGGGAGUUAACAUCUGAGGUCAUCAGUCCCCUAGAACUUACAACUACUUAAACCUAAUUAACUUAAGGACGCCACACACAUCCAUGCCCGAGGCAGGAUUCGAACCUGCGACCGUAGUGGUCGCGCGGUCCCACACUGGAGCCCCUAGAACCGCUCCGCCAUACCGGCCGGCACACUACUUCAGUAUUACAAUAGCGAGCGUAAUUUACAAAUAAAAUGCUAGUUUGAGCCCAGUUAUCACUAUGACUCUGAAGCCGUUUGGCCUGGAUGCAUGCAUUGAUUCAGUUGGGAAAGGUGUCACAAAGCCGUUGUAUUCUCUUCUGAGGAAAGCUGGCCUACAACUUUUGUAACUGGUCCUUGAUAUCCUGGAUGUUAGCACUGGGGUUGUGUUGACAUCCGACCUGGUCCCACACGUCUUCUACAGCGGACGGGUCUGGGGAUUUUCCUGCCCGCGGAAGUACUUCAACAUCGUCUAGACCAGGGGUUCCCAACAAAAUCUUCUCGAGGACCCCCCUCUUCCAGCAUGAUCGGUACCUUGUCAUAUCACAGCAUCAAGUACCUAGAAAAGCCAAAUCAAGAGUCUUUUUACACGUUUUCAUUAUUGAAAAAUAAUGAGCGGCCAAAACAAAAAAUCUGUUAUCAUAUGAAAUAUGUUAAUAUAUUUUUUAUUCUAAUAGCAUCUUGCGGACCCCUCUGUUAUAGCUCGCGGACCCCUGUUGGGAACCAGUGGUCUAGACAAUAAUAAUAAAUCAGUCUGGUUGCCGUUCUACCUGUCACAGAGAGCUCUAUCUGUAAUCAUUUACAUGCCUGUCGAUGCUGUUACAUUGAAAUCUGACUAUGUAUUCUAGAUGUUUUGCUUUGUUUGUCAGGUAGUGUACACCCAACUGAAUUAAGCUCGCUUCUGUUGUCGUUAAAGAAUCUUUACAAUGCAGGUCUGAAGGGUCUUCCCCAAUACCACUUCAAGUUAUUUCCUCUUUAUUGGUUUCAUACCCAUUGAUUCCAUUCACCUCAUUUUAGCGAGAGCGUUUAACUCAAUUUAGAGAAUCAUAAAUGAUUCUACUCUGCUACUUGCUGCAUCAACUUACGUCAGAUUUUCACUGCAGAAACAGAUCGUAAGAGGCAAAGUAAGCCAUUCAUCACAUAGUGGUAGCUCGGGUGGACAUCGAAAUAAGUAAGUGUGAUAGACACACUACAUAGGUUUUGGUGGGCUUAAUUUUUUACAUCAUUAAUUGCCUAUAUUCCUAUUGUAUUCUACAUGGGGCAUCACAUUUGUAAUGUCGUCUCAGAGAAACUGAUACUGUAGGAUGAUAUAGAUACCUGCUCUUUAAAUUUCGGGUAGUUUAUUUCUGCUACAGUAUUUCAUCAAAAAAUAUGCAUUAAUGCGCAUUUGUGUUAUUUUUUCCAUUAUAGCCAUUAGAAGGACAUGUGCUACGUUAAUUUUCAUUUGUUGUUUUCUUUGUCUCCAGUGAUCUUGAAAUUUUUCUCUGUGUUUAAGUUUUUCCCUCAAAAUUACUCAUUCAUGUUGUCUUACAGUUCCUACUCUGCAACCCAUGUAGUUUUAACAAUUUUAUUGCAUAACAUUUCUUCCUGUUGAUAUUUUUCUUCGGUGUUCCAUGUUUCUUUUCUCUAGGUCAUUCUUAACGUCACAGAUCCUGAUUUUUAUCUCCUUCUCCAAGAGAUACUUAAAAAUUUGUUUCGUUUGUCUCUUGUCUAGAUCUAAAAUUUUCUUUAUUAUUCCUUUCUCCAUCAUUUCAUUAUUGUUACGUUAUUAUUCAUUGCUGAAAAUUCGGUAUCACAAAACGUAUUUUGGUUUCACUGCCGUCUUGUUAUGUGUUAUUGUUGUUUUUAUAUUUGAAACAUUAUCAGUGGUGGCGAUUUAUCAUGUGAUAAUAUGCUACAGCACACUGUAAAUAUCGCAUUCAAAUUACGUUAUUUUUCUUCUAAAGCAUUCUGGUGCGCAAAUAAAACGAAUGAAAUCAUGUUUGGUAGCACUGUCUCUCAAAUAAUUAGUACCAGUGUCGAAUGCUGAAGUAAUGAACAGCCACAUUACGAUUAACCCAGAGAAGGGAGGCAGCUGUCUGUUUUCGACUGCACAUGCUCUGAUGUGGCGUCAUCCCUUCCAGUACUCCGAGAGCUAACUUGCUCUCAGCACAGGGUCAGUAUUUUUCUUUGGAACUGUGUGUAGUAUAUCAUGCAAACAUACCGUAUGAGGGAUUUUUAAAGCGCUGCUGUCAUGAUGGGGAUGUGUGUGAGAGGUCUAAGGCCCAGACUAACUAGAUGUUCACCUGGAUUCAAUUCCCAUUGAUCUCAAUUACUUUGUUUUAUUCCUUGCAAAGUUACACUUAAUUAAAAAUUGGCAUAUAUUUAUACAGUUCAAUUUUUAUACAAAAUAAUAUAUUAUUCAAUUUAGUUAUGAUUAUUACCUUUGUAAGUCAAAAAGCUGUAACCACCACACCGUGUUACAUUGGUACAAAUUUGCACGAAAUAUCACUGAACAUUACAACUUUUCAGAUGAUUGAUUUUUACAGAUUAACUUUUAUUCAUAGGCCCACAAUAUAAAGACAUAUUUCUCUGAUAAACGUAAGUUUCUAAUUUGUAUACAACUCUUGCAAUGCAGGAGAGUCCCUACUGGAAGGUUCAAGACCUUUUUGGAUGUAAUUAAGCAUGACAGGCAAAACAGAAAGCCAGUGGAAAUAGGCUCAACGCAUGCGGUCUGUUUGCAGUGGUUCGUCAGCAUUGUGUGUUUUCUAUGAGGGUCAUUUCGGGAAAAUUUAUACUUUCCAUCCACGCUAGAAAACAUGGGAAGGGAGAACGGUUAGUGAUUAACAUCAUACUGAGAAAGGAGUCACAGCAGGUGGAACCUAAGCAAAGAUUCGAUAAGAAGGAAAUAAGGAAGGAAAGCAGCAAGGUCCGUGGAUGUCAUUAAAGUCGGAGCUCACUACCCCAUGACAGGGAAGUACACUUACCGUAGCCAUGUUACAUAUUUAGGGAGACCACUGGAAAACUGAAACAGAUAUUGGGACUGGUAUUUGAAUCCCACCCUGCAUAGUUUGUUUGUCAAGAUCGCGUGCCGUAUUAACAACACUUCUCUCUCACAUACAGGAAAGAUGCGUCUACCAAUUUAUACGUUACGCUGUCACAUAUGCGCAAAGAUUUGUGUAUGAACUAAAGCAAAAGAGAAACUUAAAAGCGGCGUUAAAUAUUUUGUCAUUCCAGUUAUGUGAUCUUUUUCCUCGAAUAAAUAAAAGACACCUAUAAAAAGACAUGCAUUUUGACAUACAAUGUCACGAAAAUAAUUUUUAUUAUAUCAAAACUUGAAGCUAAAAAUCAGUCAUUGAAUGUAAAACAAGAUAUAGCAUAAACAGUUCAUCUUAUCCGAAAAUAGAUUUUUUAUUGUUGUACCAGUUGAUGCUCCAAUAUAACUUUUGAAUAAAGUAUAAUAUAUUGAU